AUGGCAAAAUCUACAUCCAGAGCCGAGCAUUUUCAGACAGAUGAGGAGACACAGAUCAUGCUGUGUGUCCACCAUGGAACGAGGUCAAAAGGAGCUGAGAGAGCAAGGAGACAUCGGCAACGUCAGGAUGCUGACCUGGACAGAAGAAGAAAGUACCUUGAGAAAGAGAGGGACAGAUGGAAAAAAGACAUAGAGACUGGCAAGAAGAAGGUUGUCAACAAGCCCAGUGAGAGAGAUAAUAGGGCAAAACAAAAGAAAUGGAGAGAGGCAAAAACUCAAGCCAGAGCCAGAAACAGGGCCAGUGCUUUGCUACAGUCAGAGACACCACCCAACUCAUCUGUCGAGCUGUUCUUCGUCCCAGAGUGGGAUAUUGAACCAAAGACUGAGGUACCUGCAAUAGCUGCCGUAAAAGGCACUAUGAAAAUCCACCAAGCUACCAGUCUGACACCCGGCCAGGUGAAAUACCGAGACAUUUCAUGUCUGUGUAAAAGGGAGGAAGGUGUUUUGGACUGCCCCUGCUUUAACCUCCAAGAGGUCACUCUAGCUGAUGUUCCUGUUUCAUCUGACGAGUCCCCAGCAUGUGUAAAGACACCAGAUAAACCCGGGAGACCGGAAAUGAUUGAGGGAACCACAUUGGAGAGUAGUGCGUCAUUAAUUACGACAAUGACGCAUACGCAGGUGUCAUCAUGGAUGCAGAAGGGCACAGUGUGAAAGUUAAAUCUAUGCACUGCAAUGGCAUAAACAAGUUCCAUUGGCCAAGUCUCCAGGAGGACAUCUGUUGGUACCAUGACUGCAGGUACUUUGCCUAAUACCAGAACCACAGGCUCUGAACAAGCGCUCUGCACAGAUUGAAGCGUCUGCUUGGAAGUAUGUGGAACAGCAACUGCAGAAAUGAGGCAUGUCUCUGCAGAAACGGAGAGACUGUUUGGAGACGCGUCUAAGUUUUCUCUCUGUAACAUGCUGGGUUAUUUUUUCAAUCAACUGUUCUCCACUUAACCCUUGUGCCCUCCUCAAAUUUACUACCCUCUGGACACCUUUGUGGCAAAAAGGUACACGCACAAAAAAACUGCUAUUAAAUCAUCA